AUGGAGCCAGCAUCUAGUUGUGUUUCAAUUCAUUCGCAAGUUGCGUCUAUUGUUAAGUAUAAUGGGCUGAAUUUUGCUGAGUGGAAUGAACAAAUUCAGUUUCACCUCGGUGUUUUGGAUCUUGAUCUAGCACUCUUGAAUGACAAGCCCACUGCUAUUAAUGAUAAUAGCAGUGAUGAUGAUGUUGCUUUCCAUCAAGCAUGGGAAAAAUCGAAUAAACUCAGCUUAAUGCUUAUGCGAAUGACACUUGGAAACAACAUUAAGUCCACAAUUCCCAAAUUUGACAGUGCUAAGGAUAUGUUGAAACAUGUGGAGGAAAAUUCACAUUCUGAAUGUGCUGAUGAGGCCCAAGCAGGCACUCUCAUGAGUAAACUAACCAACAUGAAAUUUGAUGGUUCGUGUUCCAUGCAUGAUCAUGAUGGAAAUGGACGUGAGUGA